AUGUACAUCCCAAAACACACAGAGGUGACUGAUUUCUCUAAACAGGCUGAAAUUACCAAAUGUAACCCACUGGGCAUUAUCUUUAGCUAUGCAGCGCCCAGUAACGGGUUGAUGGGUUUCAUCAAAGGUAGCGAACCUACCUCUGUUGAUAGUGAAAUGUGUGCAACCCAUGUACCUUUCGUAUUGGAACAGCAAGAGGGUGGGAAACGUAAACUGGUGGCACACUUGGCAGCGGAAAACCAGCAUAUCGGACUCCUCGAAAAAAUCCUAAAUGCAUGGUCGUUUUCCAGGGCGUCAAUUCCUACGUCAGUCCCUCCUGGUACCCACUCAAGAAGAAAACUCACAAAUUUGUUCCAACGUGGGAUUUCGCAACAGUCCACGUCUACGGCACGGCCAGAAUAAUUCGGGACAAAUCUUGGCUGCUAGACAUGCUCAACCAGCUCACGGACCAAGAAGAAGGUAAAAGGCCUGAUGGAGAUGUAUUUGAAAGCAAAUGGAAAGUUUCUGACGCCCCGGAGAAAUACGUCGACAGCCUGCUCACCAGAAUUGUUGGUCUAGAAAUUGACAUUACCGACAUUCAGUCUAAAUUCAAGCUCCACCAGAAUGAAACUGCUGUGAACGUCAAUGGGGUAUUGGAAGGGUACGAAAAGGAGGUCGGUGGUGCCAAAGGCCAGGAGCUGGCAAAGAUCACACGCGACAACUAUCCACAUCCACUUGGAUAA